GGGGGAAGAGUUUCGGAGAGCUGCAUGAGCGCAUUUCCUGUCAGGACAGAGUCAUGAGCCUCCCUGUCAGAAGAUCGCUAAAAUUGGAUACAAUUGAGAAGAAUAAGAAUGAAAGAUCACGGCCAAAAACCCCCGUCCCGCUUCAUUCAUAUUCCCCAACAACCGGGACCCGCCAGAUGAGCCCGUUCACUGCCGUCAAAAAGCGCAGCGCAAAAAGUCUUGGACAGGAGAGGACACAAGGCCGCGCAGACGCGGACGGCUAUUCUGAAGCCGCAGAACCAGAAGUCGCCAGCAGAGGGCAGCGUCCUACAGAUGAAAAUGAUGAACUUUUGGAGUUGUUAUCGGAGGUGGAGAAAUCGGUGACGUCGUUUUUGAAAAUGAGGCAAAGUUUAAAGAAUUUGCAGGCUUUGGAGGGCAGCAAAGAGCCGGAGCUUCUUCUCGGGCCGGGAGAUCCAUCAACCGACCUAAAAGCUGAGCUGCGCAAAACCAAAGUUCUGAUUACUGAAGCCAGGAAGAAGAAAAAGCAGAAGACGCGUUAAAGGUGUUGCGCAUGCGGAGCGGUCGAAGGCUCUACCUGCUUGUGAUUCCGGAGAUUUCCUGCACGGACUCGGCUCACGUUGGGAAAGCUUUUCGCACCCGAAAAUGCGCAUUUUCAGCAAGGCGUACGGGGUCGGUGAUUUACCGCGAGCCCCGAUGGAGUUAUAUCCUGAUACAGAGACAAGUGGCCGGCAUCCAUCACGACCCUUCGUCCGAUUAACCUUGCCCGGAGCAGCCGGGAACCGCCGAGCAUUUCGUCUCUGAAGCCCCUGUCAGCGCGGACGGCAGCCUUGUUGUAGAAAACUUAUGGAAAAGAAAUUUGGUAAUAACUGAAACUUUUGUCGAUUCCAGCACUUUAACACAAAAUUCAAUAUUUAUUUCAUCUUGCAAGAUUUUCGCGAAGCAGCUCGGAAUUUAUGCCUCCUGUCCGCCCGGGCGAUGAGAAAUGCCCAGAGGGCCAAUUUUAGCUGCGUUUUUAUUUUUAAAGACUUUCCAGACAUUUCAGGUCCGGGUGUUAACUUAUUAUCACUAUUUUCACCGGGAUCCUAACCAGUGGAAAAAUGUAGCUUUUCCGAUUUGCAUUUUUUUUCCGGAUCGUAAGAACCAUG